AUGUCACCGCAUGCCGCUGCAAUUGGCAUUUACGGGGACGAAUUUCUCAACUAUCAAGCUCAAACAAUCCUUCGAUCGCUGUGGGCCAUGUCUAUUCUCGCGCUCGUCACAACCAACUCACACACGUCCACAUUCUCCAGGCCUUCCCGCAAUCGCAGCCACUUCGAGAAAACGUCGACCAACACAUCCAUAUCCACUUGGGCCUACCUCGAUUUCUUGAAAUCCGUCUGCCUCCACGUAUUUGAGAUACAGGAGGUCGCGCUGCAACAACCCGAUGCCAGCUUCUACCGCGCAAGCGCCUCUACAACGUCGACAGAUAACGUGCUCUCGCCAAGAUAUGAUGGCGAAGAAUUGGCAAUCACCUCUCUGCAUCUGGGAGCAAAAGCUAUCGCCGGCAUAGUCGGCGGGUCCGUCGCGGUCAUCGUGCUCGGGAUCGUUUUAUACCUCCUCAGUCGGGAUAGUCGCCGCAGACGACAAGCUAUGGCAGAGAAUGGCCCAAGUGCUUCUCGGGAAGAAUGCUUUGACGACGUUGUGCGCCGCAAACAGACCGCAGUGAUGCCGAACACCCAACUACACAACCUUCUUUCGUCGCCAAAACGGGCGAUAGAGCCGCCCUCCAACUUGAGGGACGUGCGGGACGUCUAUCCCGAGAGAAUAUCGCCUAACACGUCUGUGCCACGCUGGGCUUACCUCGAUGUCCAACAAACCGGCCGCCUCGACAUAUCUGAGGCAAAGACUAUAGCGUCGGAAAAUCAACCGGAUGCGACCGUGUCUGGCUUUUAUGACGCAUUAUAUCCGACGCCCUCGGGCAACGGGUUCUCGCCGUACUACGGCGAGCAAUUCGGGUCCGAGUCCCUAGGGCCGAGCGUAGGCGUUAUCGUCGGCGCCGCCGUCGGUGGGACCAUUGGUGUGAUAGCAAUCGCGGCCGCCCUCUUCUUCCUCAUCCGGGCCAGUUGCCGCAGACGACGAGCUAUAAGGAAUGCGGCGGCCGCUCCAAGCGUUCCGCUCAAAGAAUGUGGCUUCGACGACGUUGCGCUCACGUCCGCGGCGAGGUUAUACAACCCCGACGACCCCACCACGUAUCCGCCUUUCAGUGCCGCGUCGACAAGCGAGAAGGCCGCUCUGCAACAAGCCGGUGGACGUGCGUGGAUCGACUAUCCUGCGGCAAUACCAUGGGACUCCGCAAAAAUGAUUAGCAAGCCUCAGGACAUCCGUCCAGCGGCGUCAGAACCCGUCUACCCCGGACAGCCGGAGGUCACGGUGUAG